CUCUUCACACCUCUUCUUCUCCCUUUUCAAUUUUCUGUUGUAGCUCUAUAUUUCUUUAGUAGUUUUGCGAUUAACGUUAACUCGUAAGUUUAUUUUGUAUUACUUUUUAUUGUUAUUUUUUAUUUAUGAUUUUUAUGAUAUUAACUGAACUACGGUUUUUUUGCAUAUGGCAUUCCAAAAGUUCACGCUUGGCUUACGGUGGAAUGGUUACACGGAAGAGACCGGAAAGGGGGUCACCUACGUCGGUGGCAAUUUUCAGAAGAUAAAGGUCGCUACCAGACCGCUGCUUGAAGACCUCCAUCAAAUGUGCACCAACGUUACUUGCAUGGAUGGCACGAGAAGAAUUUAUCGUAUGGUGUACCGAUAUCCAAACAGAGAAAGUGGGUCAUUGUGGCAUGAGGAAUAUCUCAUAACCACUCAGGAUGAGGUAGAUGUCAUGCUCGAAUUCAUGAGGUCCAACAAUCUUUCCAAAGCCGAGAUGUUCGUUUACACCGAGCCGGUCGUAGGCGUUGGAGGUCAUUCUGGACACGGUCAAACAUCUGGUAUCCGUGGUGGAGGUGAAUUAUAUGGCGAUCAUCCCUACCAAAGUUACUAUGAUCCUCAUUCAUAUUUUCAGUACCAAGAGCAAGGUGAAGGUCAUCAUCAAUCUUUCCCGUCAUAUGAAGAAGAAGUUCAACCGGACCUCCCCAACCAACCUCAGUACAACUUCCACUCAGGCAGCGAUAGUUUUCACAACUACCAUUAUGGAGUUGAUGAAGGUGCCUUUCAUGAGCUGGAUCAGAUGGAGGAUGCCCUGCCAGCACCAGUCAGUGACCCUUCCGAUGAAGAAGGAGAUAACAACGUCAGUGCAGACAGCUCCGACCCUCUUGAAGGUGCUGAUGAUUCAGGACCAGAGUUAGACUCAGCUAAUGAUGAUGAGGUGGCUCGUGACCGUGUACCAGUCCCCUACUACAAUCACAUUCCAGAGGACAAUUGGAUGAUCGACAGCGACAUGGAGCCGCCAGAGGUCCCAAUAUGGGGUCCACUCACUGGGUUUAUGAAGGGCCAAUAAUUUGGCUCGAAGAAGGAGGUGCGACACGCCAUUGAGACAGAAGCAAUGACUCGGCAUUUUGAAUGACACACAACUCAUUCCAACACUAAAAGGCUCAUAGUCAGAUGUCGUAAUCAUCACGAGGGGUGCAAUGUUAGGAUUCGAGCCAUCAACAGCAAGAGACACGACCACUGGGUCAUAUCCCGUGCGGUGAACACACACAUGUGUGUCAUCCAUAACUUCCCAAAGCCAUCGACAGUUGAAAUCCGGGGUGGUUGCUGCGGCUAUCAAGCAUCUAAUUGAGCAAGAUCCGGACCUGAAGGUGAAAGCCAUAAUCGCUGACAUUGCAAGUCGUUAUGGUUAUAUGAUUAACUAUAAGAAGGCGUGGCAUGGAAAGCAGAAAGCUCUGGUCGCCGUCUUUGGUGAUUGGGAAGAAUCAUAUGCAUUUCUUCCCAGGUUAAUUUUGGCAUUGGAGGCGUCUAACCCUGGCACGGUUUUCUCCCCUCGAUACCAAGAUGAAAAGAUACAACCCCAGAGCCAGGUAACAAGCGCCAUUUCAGACGACUUUUUUGGGCAUUCAAGCCAUCUAUUGAUGGUUUUGGCUUCUGUGUCCCUGUGAUCCAAGUGGAUGGUACAUUCCUUACCGGCAAGUACAAGGGCACUCUCCUGAUUGCCAGUGGGGCGGAUGCAAACAUACAAGUAUUUCCUUUAGCCUUCGCCAUCGUUGAGGGAGAGAAUCCUGAUAGCUAUGGAUGGUUUUUCCUGCAAAUUCAGCUCCACGUCACUAGGAGGACGAACCUGACAAUAAUCUCUGAUCGGCACGCUGGCAUUAGAGCUGCCAUCUUAGGUUUAGAUCCAGCCUGGAAGUGGUCCCAAAGUUGGUGCAUACGACACUUCAAGAGCAACUGGAACCAUCAUUUCAAGCGGAAGAAUCUUGCUGAUAAUUUGUGGUGGAUUGGUAAGUUCUCUAUUAGCCGUAUAAUUUUGUCAGCUAACAAUAUCUUGUAAUCAGGAGAGUGGUGCACUUUUUAGACUCUUUCUAAAGUGACGCAUGCCUAAGGAAAUGGGGUUUUAAGCGAUUAUCAUGAUCCUCUCCUGGGAAAAUUGGGUUUUAAGCGAUCUUCGGAUCCCCCUUUUGUUGUCAAACAGGCUGUGUUUCUAAGUAGAUGUAUACCUCUCCUAAGAGUCUAACGAGAGUACCUCCGGGUUUUUCGAACUGUACUAAACUGCCGAAAAUUGACUAACGUACUACUUUUCUGUGUCUUCCUCAGUGGUUGCCUACCAAGUAAUUGAGACUUGGUGUUUCCUCAUUGGUGGCAAGCGAUCGGUCGCAUCAACGCACCCCUUCACUGGUACUUUCACUCUCAAAAAACUGUGGAUGAAAUGAACCCAACCGGGCAUAUCGUCACAAUCCUCGGGGGGAUGAUCACUCACGCACACCGGUUUGCCAUCAAUGGGCAGAUGGGUUAGGAUGGCGACAUCCUUUAGUGUGAUGGUGGCAUCUCUUUCUCUAAAGUUGAAACAAUGGGUCUCCUUUCUCCAUCUCUCAACUAAUGCGGUGAUGAGUUGGCGAUCAACUUUGAUGCUGUUAAAAUGCCUAAUCGGGUCCAACCAUGCCCUUUUUAGAAAGAGCAAGAUAGCUGGGUGGAAUGGGAGCACAUUGGUCGUACCCCUGUAGCGGAGUAUUGUUUGUGCCUCCUAGCGAAAAUUUACACGUUAAUUAUUAAAUAUUAGUAAGGGUUUUUUCCUUAUAACUAAAUUAAUUAAAUUAAAUUAUUUAACUUCAAGCAGAAUUUUAUUAUCAUAAAAAGACAUUUCAUAUAAUUAACAUAAUAACAUUCUAAAUCAAUAAUAAUUUAAAGAGAUACAU